CACACUACACAAUUUAUAUAUUAGUAAGCAAAAAAAAUAAUAAACAUGGACUGCAAAGCGCCUGGACUGCUUGAAACUCCUAGUGAGUCGGAAGUGACGCACUGCACCAUCUCCGCUCUGGACAACAUAUCGAUCCAGGAAGAGGAGAGUUCUUCGGCCUUGGAUCUUUCCAAGGUUUCCAAUAAGCUGGAGGAGAUGAAGCAAAGGGUGCUAUAUAUGAAGCGCCUUCUAAUUCGGCCCGUACAAGUAAACGAAGCCGAAUGUCCUUCGGAAAGUGACCACAUGAAACUGGACAUUGAGCAGUCCAGCUCGGACAAUGGCCAACUGAGCGGAGUUGGACAGGACACAGUUCGAGCUUUGGAGCAGAUCAACGAUUUGAAUCGCCGACUUAAGGAGUCAUCUGACUCGCUGACUGAACUGGACGCAAUAGUCCAGCGAAACAUCCGAUGCAUCAGAAAGCUGGACAAGAAGCUGCUGGAAGUGCCCAAGUGGCAGGAGGAACUGAAGCACAACACGGGAUUGUGUUUGGAGCGAUACAAUGACCUGGACAUUUCCCGGGGCAACUACCUCGACUACAGCGACAACUUCGUGCGGCCCAUCCAGACCAACAUGAAGUUCUGUUUCGCAUCAAAGGCUCCCCUCACAUGCAAUAGGCAAGAUUACAAUGUCAUGGUACACGCCUUGAGUAAAUCCCGGAGGACGCUAUUGAAGUGCCACGAGGACCUAAUGAAGUACACACGGAACUUGGACGAAGCGCUGACAGUGAGGAACUUCGAUAACCUGGUUCUGCCAUCCAUAUCGGAGCUAUCGCUGCUGCUGGAGAAGAGCGUCCAGGUGAACAAGCGCAGGAACUCAAGUAUCAAGGAGCGAAGAUCCUUCAAGUUCGCCUGGGCUGCUCCUUUAACGAAGCAGGAGAAAUACUCGCCCUCCGCCGAUAAUUUCGAUUGAGAUAAUUGAAAACGCAGUCAACCACAAAAACGCCAAUAUUGUAAUUUAAAGUGCCAUCUAGUUUCGCAUUUUACGGCUCCAAAUUUGCGCAUAAUGAAUAUGCACACGGACAUGCGGCAUAAAACACACAAUGAUCAGGCUAAUUGUGCAAAAAUGUUUUUGCAAAUAUUAUGUUAACAAAUUUUGCGGCAUUUGAAGCCACAAAAAUGCAAUUAGCCGUGAAUGUAAUUAACCGACAAAAUGUGAGUGUGCAGUGGCCACUCCAACCGAAAUGGUAAAAAAAAUGGGAAAACCACCAAAUGA